CAUACUCAUUCAUCCCUAUUCACUCUCACUCUCUUUCUCCAUUGACAAUACAUCGUCAAACAGCUCCGCACAAUGGCAAGCAAAACUGAUCUCACUGCCGUCAACACCAUCCGUGCUCUUGCCGUCGACACGGUAGGAAAGGCAAAUUCUGGACAUCCAGGAGCUCCCAUGGGCAUGGCUCCCGUCGCCCAUAUCCUCUGGAGCAGACACCUAAACUACAGCUCCAAGAACUCAAAAUGGUUCAACCGUGACCGAUUUGUCCUUUCCAACGGUCAUGCAUGCGCCCUUCAAUACGUCAUGCUCCAUCUUGCCGGCUACAAAGUCUCCAUGGACGACCUGAAAUCGUUCCGACAGGUCGACUCGAUCACCCCCGGACAUCCCGAAGUCGGUGUCACAGACGGUAUCGAAGUCACCACUGGUCCUUUGGGUCAAGGUAUUUCCAACGCCGUCGGUCUCGCUAUCGCUCAGGCCCACAUGGGAGCUGUCUUCAACAAGGAGGGUUUCCCAUUGGUGACCAAUCACACCUAUGCUUUCAUGGGUGACGGAUGUCUUCAAGAAGGUGUCUCUGGCGAAGCUUGCUCUUUGGCUGGCCAUCUCAAGCUUUCCAACCUCAUUGCUAUCUACGACGACAACAAAAUCACCAUUGACGGUGACACUGCCGUCUCAUUUACCGAGAAUGUCGAGCAACGAUACAAGUCUUAUGGCUGGAAUGUCCUUCACGUCGAAAAUGGUGAUGACGAUUUUGAGGCCAUCGAUGCCGCCAUCACGGAGGCAAAGAAGAACACCAACGGACCGACCAUGAUCAACCUGAAGACCAAGAUUGGAUACGGAUCUCUCAAGGCCGGCUCUCACGAUGUUCAUGGCGCCCCAUUGAAGAAGGACGAUAUUGCUCAGAUGAAGACCAAGUUUGGUUUCAACCCCGAAGAGACCUUUGCCGUUCCUCAGGAAGUCACCGACUUGUACGCCAAGAUCGGAGACAAGGGAGCCAAGGCGGAGGCUGAAUGGAAUGAGCUCUUCAACAAGUACAAGCAAGAAUACCCCAAGGAGGCUGCGGAACUCGAGCGACGUAUCGAAGGACGUCUGCCAGACGGCUGGGAGAAGGCUCUUCCCGUCUACAAGAUUGACGACCCGGCUAUCGCCAGUCGAAAGCUCUCCGAGACUGUCAUUACCAAGAUCGUCGAGGUCUUGCCUGAGGUCGUCGUUGGGUCAGCCGAUCUCACCGGCUCCAACUUGACCCGAUGGAAGACUGCCGAGGACUUCCAACACCCCUCGACCGGCCUCGGAUCCUACCAGGGAAGGUAUUUCCGAUACGGUGUCCGUGAACAUGCCAUGGAGGCCAUUUGCAACGGUCUUGCCGCUUACGGAGGUAUCAUCCCCCUCUGCUCGACUUUCCUCAACUUUGUCUCGUACGCUGCCGGCGCUGUCCGUCUCUCUGCUUUGUCCCACCUUCGAGUCAUCACCGUCGCUACGCACGACUCCAUCGGUCUCGGAGAAGAUGGUCCUACUCAUCAACCCGUCGAGACUGCCGCUUGGUUGCGAGCUCUGCCCAACCUUGCGUUCUGGAGACCCGCAGACGGCAAUGAGACUUCUGCUGCUUACCUUACCUCGAUCCUGUCCCCUCACACGCCCUCUGUCCUUGCUCUCUCGCGUCAAAACCUGCCUCAACUUGAGAACUCGUCGAUCGAGAAGGCGACCAAGGGUGGAUACGUCGUCCACGAGAGCGAGAAUGCCGAUGUGACUCUUGUCUCCACCGGUUCCGAGGUCGGACUCUGCGUCGAGGCCGCUCAACAGCUCAAAUCAAAAGGCAUCACCUCCCGUGUUGUUUCUAUCCCUUCCUUCGAGGUCUUCGGUGCCCAAGACCGAGACUACAAGCUCUCCGUUCUGCCCUCUGGACAUCCUAUCCUCUCCGUCGAAGCAUACUCCACCUUUGGAUGGGGUCAACUCAGUCACGACCACUUUGGACUCAAGGCUUGGGGAGCAUCAGGACCAUAUGCCAAGGUGUACGAGAAGUACGAGCUCACCCCGGCUGGAAUCGCCAAGCGGGCCGAAAAGGUGGUUGCUUUCUACAAGAAGCGAGGACAGCCUCUCUUCUCGCCUCUCAUCUCUGCUCUCGACGAUAUCAGCGAGUAGACUUAGCCAGACAUACAUAGAUUGAUGCAACCGUUUUCGGCGAAGAUCGCC